AUCCUUUGAUUCUCCUUUUUUUUUUCUUUUUCUUUUGGUAUGCAUCAUUCUUUCUUAGUUGAAAAACGACAACAACCUACGUGUCCUCCUUGUUUUAAUUGUCAAUUACAAUCUAAUCCAUGUACAAAUGGUGGUUCAUGUGAUCCCAGUGGUAUAUGUUCCUGUCCUGCUGGCUGGGGUGACGUCGACUGUAGUACUCCUUUAUGCGGUUCUCUUUAUGAUGACAAUCGACCCCAAAGACCAUCAUUAGAUCAGUCUUGUUCUUGUGACGAUGGGUGGGCUGGUGUUAAUUGUAAUGUAUGUCAACAUGAUCUUGCCUGUCAGUCUGGUAAAAGCGGAAACGCGACAUGUAUCAAAUCGGCUAUUGGACUCAAAUCAAUGCAUGCUUGGUGUGCUACUACAAAUAUUCCUUGGAUUGAUAAUACCAAAGUAUCUUUACAAUGUGAUUGGGGAACAAAUCAAUGUGUUUUUCAAUUUUGGAAAGAUCAAGAAGAACAAUUUUACUGUGAAAUGUCGGAAUGUACUCAACAUAUUUUAUCAUCAGGAGAUUAUGAUGUUCAUGGUCAAUGCGCAAAAUCAAAAUGUGGAUGUAUGAAGGAUGCCUUUAUGUGUGGUAGGGAAGUCGAUAUGUCAGAAUUAGUCAAGAAUGUCAAAGGACCUUCUGAAUGGUACUGUAAAGAUGGACAAGAUUGCUGGUACAAUGAAUACUCCACUCUGGUCAGUGUAUUUCCCGAUAAUAUCAACUUGGCAUGCGAUGUUGGUGAGUGUGUUAAUGAACAAGAUUAUUUGGAUGUUCAACCUGUGGAUCGAUCAUUUUCACGUUAUACAGAAUCAAUGAUUGCUCUGGCCAUUUUAUUAGCCUGUGUAAUUAUCUAUGUGGUGACAAGAUUGACAGCAAAACGACAAAAACAACUCUUUGGAACUCAAAUUGAACUGACAGAUGAUAACGAUGAUGAUGUCAACAUGUAUCUGAUGGAUCAACAACCAGUACAAUUGACUUUUGAAAAUAUCUGUUAUAAUAUUGGAGGUGAACAAGUGUUAUCCAAUGUGACUGGAUAUACAGAACCUGGACAUUUAAUGGCGGUGAUGGGACCUUCUGGUGCUGGCAAAUCGACAUUAUUGGAUAUUUUGGCACGCAAGCAUAAGCGUGGAGUAACGAGUGGACGUGUAUUGGUGAAUGGAACUUUACCUGAUCGCAAACUCUUCAAAAGGAUGACGGGAUACGUGGAUCAAGAUGAUACAUUGAUGGGCACUUUAACAGUUAGGGAAACACUGAUGUAUUCAGCUUUACUUCGACUUCCUCGAAAAAUGCCCAUGCGUGCAAAGUAUCGACGGGUGCAAGAUGUCAUGAAGGAAUUGGGAAUCGAUGGUAUUGCAGAUCAUAUGAUUGGUAUUCCAGGACAACAACGAGGGAUUAGUGGUGGAGAAAAACGACGUGUCAGCAUUGGGAAGGCCUUGGUAACAAAUCCACAACUACUCUUUUUGGAUGAACCUACAAGUGGAUUGGAUGCUUAUAAUGCAAGUAUGGUGAUGUCUUGUCUGAAACGCCUUUGUCGACAAGGAUCUCGUACCAUCAUUUUGACUAUUCAUCAACCUAGGUCCAAUAUCUUUAAACUAUUUGAUUCUCUUUUGUUACUUGCUACUGGGAAAUUGGUGUACUUUGGUCCUGCCAAUGCAACCUCUCGUUACUUCAACAGUAUUGGCUAUUCUGUUCCAUCUGAUUAUAACAUUGCUGAUUACUUUAUCGACUUGACAAUGAAACGACCUGAUGACACAGUACAACCAGUACGAUCAUCAUCAAGCAGUAUAUAUCUUCAUGAAACAGAUGAGCAACUAGACGAUUUACAACUGACUACAUCUACUACAUUACCAUCCUCUUCUUCAGCAACCGUAUUAUUGGACGGGGAUACAUCACAAGGGGAGGAAUAUGAUUUAUUGAAAGAUGCCAAUCAUACACACCAUCUUUUUGAAUCCUAUAAAAGUUCGACUGUAUGUAAACGAACUUUAGCUUAUGUGCAAAAGGCAAAUGGUUCUCGAGACUCAUCUUAUUCUGUCUGGGUAAAUUCCAAUCAUCAACAUACGAAUUCAUUUUCUCUGAUACAAUUUUGGCAUGAAUUGUCGUUAUUGUCAUCUCGUACGUUUAUCAACCUAUAUAGAAACCCAUUUUUAUUCUUUGCACAUUUUGUGUGUUCUCUUGCAUUGGGUGUUCUUUUGGGUAGUUUAUUUUGGCAAGUGGAAGUCGAUUUGACGGGUGUACAGAAUCGAUUGGGGGUACUCUUCUUUAUGUGUGCUCUACUUGGGUUUGCAUCGACCAGUGCAUUGGACAUGUUCAGCAAGGAAAGACUUUUAUUUAUGCGUGAAAGGGAAAAUGGAUACUAUAGUCCGGCCAGUUACUUUGUUGCCAAGGUAGUGUUUGAUGUGAUUCCUUUGCGUGUACUGCCUCCCUUGGUGAUGGGUGCGAUAUCUUACUUUAUGAUUGGACUUAAUCCUACCUUGUCAGUAUUUCUCAAAUUCCUUCUUGUAUUGGUUCUAUUCAAUUUGGCUGCUGCUGGGCUUUGUCUUUGUUUUGCUACCGCCUUCAAAAAUCUUUCUGCCGCUAAUCUUUUGGCCAAUCUCGUGAUGCUUUUCUCCAUGUUAUUCGGUGGAUUUUUAUUGAAUAAAGAACAUAUUCCCGGUUUUCUUAGUUGGCUACAAUACCUUAGUUUUUUCAAUUAUGGAUAUGAAGCAUUGAUUGUAAAUGAACUUAAAGAUAUUACGUUAAGGGACAAGACAAUUGCCGACAUACAAAUUCCUGGACCUAUCAUUCUUGCUAGAUUUGGAUUCAAUGGUCAAGCGUUCUGGCGUGAUGUUGCUCGAUUGGUCCUGUUUGUUCUGGUGACAAUGACAAGUGCUUUUUGCUUCUUGAAAUAUAUGGUCAAGGAAAAACGAUGAUAUCCCACUAUAGAUCGAUGAUGAUUUUGAACCUUUUUGAUUUUGAAUCAAUAAAUACUUUACUUGUUUGAUGUACCUUUUUGAUCAUCU